AUGUUGACGGUGACUAUUGUCGCCGGAGUCUCAAACGCAUCUGUCUUCCUUCCUCUAGCGCUGGCGGGUUCCCUUGCACAUUUCUACAAGCAACGCCAGAGUUUUUCAACCUGGACACUUUCUUGUGUUACAGUGUUUCUAGCCAGCAGCUCUCAUGUGCUAGUUGGUAUCGGGGCUGCUGGCGUUCUCCUCUACCUAUGGGGAUAUGCUAGGUUCAAGACACGUCGGCGGUACCUCCUGGAACGAAAAGCUGGCUUUCAAUUCCGAGGUGCCCGAACAAACCAGACAAAUGCGGACAUUACUCAUGUUGAGCUCCCAAACUGGAUGAGAUAUCCAGAUGUAGAUCGAGUGGAGUGGCUGAACAAAGUGUUUGUCACUGGUUGGCCUUACCUCAAGAAAGCUAUCGAAGUAGGUAAUUCGGUUCUUGGGAGUGUGAACCCAGCGCUAGAUGCUCAGAAACCAGCCUUUAUGAGCUCACUCUCGCUCAUCCGGCUAAAUCUAGGAUUUCAGACACCACAAAUUGCCAGUGUCAAGUACAUUUCCGCCAAUACGCUGACGGAUGAAGUGACGCUGGACGUGGAGGUUCGCAUUCUUACGGACAAGAAAACUUUCGCCGCAGAUCUCAAAAUGGUGUCACAUCUGGGAGCUGCGGUCUGCUUGUCUCUGCGCGAACUUCUCCUUGUCGGCACCCUGCGGAUCACACUAAACCCCAUGGCAGAAUUCUGGCCGUGUUUUGGCGGGAUCAGCUUGUGCUUCACAGAGCGGCCAUUGUUCGACUUUUCUCUCACCGCUGCAAAAAUCAACAUUGCCAACGUCCCGUUCGUCUCCGAAUGGCUCCACACCUUCCUGUACGACCUGCUCCACGACUACUUCGUCUGGCCCAACGUGCUCAAUAUUCCGCUCUGGGACGAACACGGCAACCGUGUUUAA